AUGGCGAGACUCACUGAAGAUGCCGACUACGAUGCCGGCGAAACGUCUGGAAAUUUAUCACGUCCACGGUCCGACUUUGGAAAUGAUCAUGCAUACAAUGGACUCAGGACUAGGUGCGUUCCUCUAAGUCUUCCGACCAAUAUGGCCAAGUUGCGAAAACAAAGUCAAACAACCUCUAUACAACGCUUUAAUUGUUGA